AUCCUGGGAGGAGCGCCAGAUUCCCGCACAGACUGUGUGCUUCCUGACACUGAGGAGACUCUACAGUGCUGACCCCAUCUGAACUUUUUGAGGAGAAUCGGUGUGAAGAUGGCUGGUUCAAUUGGCAAGAUGAUGUCGAGCCGCACCACUGGCCUGCUCAUGGCAAGCCUCGGAGCUGGUGCUUUGGCGACCGGAUAUAUGAUGAGUGACAGUGCUGCAAUCUCUGCGGACGAGAAGAGGAAACUCUACCCUCCCAGUGCUGACUUCCCUGACCUUCGCAAGCACAACAACUGCAUGGCGAGUGCGCUGACCCCGGCCAUCUAUGCCAAACUGAGGGACAAACUCACUCCCAACAACUGGACUCUUGACCAGUGCAUUCAGACUGGUGUGGACAACCCUGGUCAUCCCUUCAUCAAGACUGUUGGAAUGGUCGCUGGUGAUGAGGAGAGCUAUGAGGUGUUUGCUGAAAUCUUUGAUCCUGUAAUCAAGGACAGACACAAUGGCUAUGACCCAAGAAACAUGAAGCAUCCCACUGACCUGGAUGCCAGCAAGCUCCAUUCAGGCAUGUUUGAUGAACACUACGUCCUGUCCUCCCGUGUGCGCACAGGCCGCAGCAUCCGUGGCCUCAGCCUUCCCCCUGCCUGUAGCCGCGCAGAGCGUCGUGAAGUGGAAAGGGUGGUAAUCCAGGCCUUAGCUGGACUGAAGGGAGACCUCUCUGGACGUUACUACAGCCUGACUGAAAUGACUGACCAUGAGCAGCAGAGACUCAUUGAUGAGCAUUUUCUCUUUGACAAGCCUGUGUCUCCUCUGCUCACUGCAUCUGGGAUGGCCAGGGACUGGCCUGAUGCUCGUGGGAUCUGGCACAACAAUGAGAAGACCUUCCUGAUAUGGGUCAAUGAGGAAGACCACACCCGUGUCAUCUCCAUGGAGAAGGGUGGCAACAUGAAAAGGGUGUUUGAGAGGUUCUGCAGAGGACUCAAACAGGUGGAACACUUGAUUCAGGAGAGGGGCUGGGAGUUCAUGUGGAAUGAACGUCUUGGCUACGUCUUGACCUGCCCAUCCAACCUGGGCACCGGCCUCAGGGCUGGAGUACACGUCCGCUUGCCAAAGCUCAGCAAGGACCCUCGCUUUGGCAAGAUCCUGGAUAACCUGCGGCUGCAAAAGCGUGGCACUGGAGGUGUGGAUACAGCUGCGGUGGGCGAUACCUUCGACAUCUCAAACCUUGACCGCCUGGGCAAAUCCGAGGUGGAACUGGUGCAGCUGGUGGUUGAUGGGGUCAACUACCUCAUAGAGUGUGAAAAGAGGCUGGAGAAGGGCCAGGAUAUCAAGGUCCCCGCUCCUUUACAGCAGUUUAAGAAGUGAGCGACGCUCCUCUGAUGAACGCUGGACCCAACACAGCACAAAGAAACAUGGACACUCCUUCCACCAAUCCCAAAACUGAAGGUCUUAUAUGUAUAGAAAGCUCAAUAAAACAAUUCAUAAAAAUAUAAA